UUUGUUGCGAUAAAGAAGAACCUAAUAGUAGUGAUUCGUACUAACGUCGUAGGGAUCGAUAACAUUCAAAUAAACAAUGAGUAGUGCUGGUAACUUAACAUUCCGAAGGUUCUUGGAUUAUUUCAAAACCCACGUUAAUCCUAAUGAUCCACUUCCAAUUCGGGUGCCUGGGUAUAAUAUCACAACUGACGAAAUGCCUGGAGAGGUUAUCGAUUGGACUCAACAGUAUCUAUUACAAAUUGUUCAAUCCACUGAAACUAAGUACAGUUGUAGUAAGUCAUGCAAACACUGUGUGCGAAGGUCUACUGGAUAACGUGAAAUUGAACGAGAUCGUAUCAAAAAGUUCUUCAUCGACUCUAAAUCACACUCCACCGUUCUAUGUCAAGGCAAUUAAAAACAGUCGUCGUAGAAUGGAAGAUAGGCAUACGUGCAUUAGCGACUUCAAUGGAAUGUUUGGAUUGAGUGAUACACAACCAACUAGUUUUUAUGGGGUGUUCGAUGGUCAUGGAGGGCAAGAUGCCGCUAUAUAUGCAGCUGCUCAUAUUGCUUACAACAUUGCGAACAGUUCAAAUUACCCCAGCAAUAUUCAAGCAGCAAUAAGGGAAGCAUUUCUAAAAACUGAUGAAGAUUUCAUAGUUAAAUCCGACAAACACUCUAUAUACAGUGGGACAACCGCUUUGGUCUGCAUUAAUCGCACUAAGGAAAAAAAAAUUUUCUUCGGAUGGGUUGGUGACUCACAAGCUUUGUUGGUUUCCGAGGGUAAAUUAUGCCAAAUAGUUUCACCACAUGUUCCGUCGGUUGAGAACGAAAAAAUCAGAAUCGAAAAAUUAGGUGGUGUUGUAGUCAAUUGGAAGGGAUUGUGUCGUGUAAACGGAUUGCUUGCAAUAUCCAGAGCUAUAGGUGAUGCCUCGCAUAAGCCCUUUAUUAUAAGCGAUCCAGAUACUUCAUUUAUUAAUCUUGACAAUAAGGAAGAUUUCCUUAUUAUAGCUAGUGACGGUUUGUGGGAAUCUCUUAGUGAAGAUGAUAUUGCAUUAUUCGUUUACCGGUAUUUGGUAGUGAACCCAGAGUGUACCGAUACGGUAGCCGAGGCGUUGAUCGAAAAAGCUAGGAAAGGAACGACUGAUAACAUCACUGUUGUGAUCAUAUUUUUCAAGAAUCCAAGUAUAAUUGCAAAAUCAGCCUGGCUAAGAAAAAUGGAAGACGCUUGUGACAGUAGAAAUAGUAGCAAUAGUACAUUUGCGAAUGAGGAAUUAUCGACAAUUGUUGCAUCUGAAUAUAUAAACAACGAAUCCAAUAACGAUUACACCACAAAUGACAACCCACCAAAAAUUAUACACAAAAGUCGUUUGGAAGAUGAACUUGGACCAGAAACGGAUGUGGAUGGACAGGAAGAUGUCACACCCACCAAAUCUUCCGAUGUCAUGGAAAAAAAUAUCACUGACUUGAAUUCAUCAAAUUCGACAAAAUUAUGCUCCUUAGAAAAUAAAAUUCUGAUGCACUUAUCGGAGCAGAACAAAGAUCUCCUCAUUAUUGACAAUCCAUUUGAAAAUGACCAUUUCAAUCAAUUGAACAAUUUGCAAACACGAGAGUCACAGACGAUUAUGAAAAGAACCGAAUCAUUUCCGGAAUCACCAAUUGAUAACAGAAUAAUGGACGCUUUUGUAUCAUUAAGUAUCACAAAUGGGAGAAGUGUAAAACAUAACAUCAAUGACGAAAAUGGUGACAGUGCUUCAUUCAAUAAUUCUAGCAUAAUUCUAGAAAAUAAAGAUCUCUCCGAAAAAGUUGACAUAAUGCACGAAAACUAUAUGCCAAUAUCACAAGGAUGCAGCAACAAAUCACAGGACGAUAUUGGUCCCACCACUAUCGAUUGUGACCUUAUCCAUGUUCCUGAAGAAUCCGGAGAAGAAGAAGAAGAAGAAGAAGAAUGGAAUUAUAUUGACUGUGAUAAAAAAACAGAUGAUGAUUUACAUGGAAUUACAAUUGAAAACAAUAAUAUAGUUAGUGAAAUUUAUGAUCUCUUAGAUCAUAAAGACUUGCUUCCAACAGCCAGCAAUACCGUUAAAAAUACAUUGGAACAAGAAAAAAAACAUUUUAAAUUUAUCAAUAUUGUAGAAGGCAUCAGUAACGCAGCUGAUCAGGAAAUGCAAAAGUCUGAGACGGCAAACGACAGUGUCGUGCUUAAAAACAGCCAGGAAGAAAUUAAUUUAAAAGUUGACUGUACAGAACUUCCAGACAUCGCAACAGAUUCGCAAGAUCAGGAACAACAACCCGUUCAGUUUAAUACAUUGAUUGACAAACAGUUCAAUCGUCCAGAUAGUCUCUUUUUUGAAAUGGCAUCAAAACUUAAUCCUGAAGCGAAAGAGUUUGUUCCAAUAGGCUCUCCAUCUCGAUCAGCUCCUACAAGUCCAGUUUCACAAGUUCCCGUGGUACUUCGAAAUUCAUAUCUUCUACUUUCUGAUGAUACUUUGAUUUCACAAAGUCCUAAAAGGGGCGUAAAUAUUAUGGACAAUAUCAAUGUUCCUGCUGAAGACGAUUUUAAGCAGGAAAUGAGCAAUAGACCACAUGAAUUUGAAAUGACACCUGAUUGUAGUAAUGGUAAUGUUGACACAACUAUCCGGUUGCAUCUUAGUAGCGAAUCAUCAUACCAAGAAAUGAAUUCAAAGGAAGCAAUGCAACGUGAUGAAAAGCUUGAUAACGAAUAUAGCGACGAACGGCAGAUACUUAUUCAUGAAAUAGGCACAGAGCCCACGAUUGAAAGCAGUUUAUUGAAUAUCCUGUCAAAGGAGCAAAACCCUAUUAAUACAUCUUUUUACGAAGGACGCAAUGAAGUAUUACUUUCAAGUAAUUCUGAUGAGUUGAACAAAGUACAGAUAUUACCAGAUGAUUACAAUAUUACACAGAAAUUAUUAAACUAUGAAGAGAAAUGUGAAUCAAAUCAAUUAGAAGAACGUGGAAUAGGAUUAAACACUUCCGAAAAAAUAAGAGCAAAAAGCGAAACGAUCAAGACACGAAAACAGAUCGAUUUAACUUUAGAAGAAUUACAUUCUGAGUCACACCACCAAGUAAAUUCGAAUGCAUCAGUUUCAGACAGUAAUAUUUCCUCUUUAUUAGAACAAAAGCAAAUUGAUGCAACUAUUAUUGAAAAAACUCCUUCAUUAGAUAAAAUUGAACCGAAGUUAACAUCGUUGAUGGUCGAUGUAACCGAAAAUGAAAUCAAUUUAAAAAAAAACUACGACAAAAUGCAUGAUUCAAUAAUAAACUUGGUAAUUCACAAUGAACCUAGUUCUAGGGAAAUUGUUAAACUGGAAGAAACUGUUAAGCUGGAAGACUGUGAAUCGAAUCGUGAUUUUUUUGUCGAUGCAGAAAUUGCCAAGGUGUCAUCUAUGAUGGAAUCAUUACAACAAAAAAUUAAUAAAGGAAACAAUAAUGACUAUGAAAAUUUUACAUCUCCCACAGCAUCUUCUAUUGAAGGGCACUCUACUAUCUCAUAUGACGGAAUUAUGAGUCAUGAACUAGGUUCUCAUAUAGAAACUCUCAACGAUAUACCCUCAUACUUACAACAAAAUGAUAAUAUUAUUGAAGUGAAGAAUUUUAAAUCAUACAGUUCUACCCAUGUCAACACCAAGUCUGUACAUGACAAUGACCAAAUCAACAAGAGAAAAACUCUGAUCGAUCUCAAAGCUCAAAGCUCAAAGCUCAAAGUCACUAAAUCUAUCGAUACAAAAGCAAAAACCUUGAUAACAGCCAAGUCUGUGAAACCAAUAGUUGAAACUCAACAAAUUAACACGAAGACUGCGAUAGUUAACGCUGAUAAUAAGGGGCCUACUACUUCAAAUAAAUCGCUAACCAAACCAAUUACAAAAGCAACAAUUAUGAAACCUUAUAUGAUGGCAAUGAAAAAAAACACUAUUAGUAACACACAAAAAUCGUCUAAUGAGCCAGUAUUGACAUUUAAAUCGUACUCUGUAGCUACAGCGCGAACAAAUGAAAGUAAAAGAAUUACGGACAAGAACAAGCUAUCUGCAAUUUCGAAACAAACAUUACCGAUUAUUGCAAAUGAUACCAAUUAUAAAUCAUUAACGACCACCAAAAAAGUUGCAACUGGUGCACCGAAACCUAUUGCGACGACUAGCGCAACAGGAAGUAUUAGUGGCAGACAAGCUAUUGAAUCAGCAACUGCAACAAGGCCGGCGUCCUCAACAAGCGGGCCUAAUCCAUUUGUAUCUGUCAAACCUCGCACGUCUACUGCUUCUUCAUUUGGUAAACCCCGAACGGUAUCACAAGCUACGACAAAAUCAUCCGAUCCAUCGACGAUCUAUAAGACGAAUACGACUUCUAUAACUCAAAAAGGGAUCUCCAAUGUUAAAAGUGCUACCCGAAUAACUCCUAUGGCAACUAAAUCAAUUUGUACCGUAUCCAAAACAUCAUCAUCGAACAGUCGGACAUCGACAUCAUUGAAAACAAUAAACACUUUAUUAAAACCAAAUUACAGGGCUGCAAGUGUGCCCAAAUGUAAUAAAACAAAUACUACUUUAUCGUCGACAAUGAAGAUGGACACAAAAUCAUCACCAGUUGACAAGAAAGAGUUGAAAACAUCUAAUAUCGCGAGCCUCGCUGAAAAAGUUUCAGUUAAUGAUGUCACCAAAAUAUAGAUCCUGACAAACACUUGAAGAAUGAUAUUAAUCAGCUUUCUAUAAAGAACGGAAAUAAUUCGCAAAUAAUUGUUGGGGUUGCGUUGAGGUUGAGCGACUAAACUUUUGUUCCUUCCUGUAUUUGGUAUUCGUUUUAUUUUCUUUCGUUGCGAUGUGUUUGAAUGUAAAGGUAUCUUUUAUUAAUCGAGAAUAAAUUUAUACAAAAAAAUGAAAAUAAUUAUAAUUAAAGUGAUACUAAUAAAUAACGUUUGUCAACAUAAACCUCAAGUUUAUGAUUACGAUUUAGUUAUGUUUCUAGGGUCAUCAAUUCGGAGCGCAGCGGCACAUCUGUCAGCCGCAAAAAGAAAUAAUUUGAAAAGGCUGACAAUCAAAACUGUUUUUGAUGGACUAUUAUGAUAAUAAUUUGGUCAAAAUUGAUAAUAGUUAUUACAUUUUUAAAUGAAUCUUGUUUAUUUUUGUAUUACAUUUACAUAUUCAGCCACACAGCAGAUACAUUC